AUGAAGUUUGUGUCAUUUUCUCUGCUCCUAACAUUACUGUACUGUACAAUAUUGGGUAGCUGUACUUCCACUUCAACCGUCUUCAGCAAUAAUGUUGAAGGUGAAAGUUUCUCGUUAGAUGAUAUUCUAAAAUAUGUGGAAGAGCUCGCAAAGCAACUGGAAGAAUCGAUAAAGGAUAUGAUCAAGGACAUUGAAGAGUGUUUCCCUCUGGAUGCUCAAUCUCGCAGAAAGAUUGCUUCAUCUACUCAAGAAGUUCUGUUCCGCUCUGGAGGAAUUCAUUCACGUUCCAGCAAAAGUUCGAGCAGCGAAUCCUCGUCGCUGGAAUUCAACUUGUGGGAUGCACUCAAGGAACUGAUGAUGGAAGCAUUUGAAACCGUACGAGAUAUCAUUAAGAGAAUUCUCGGCAUUGAAGGAGCUGCACGUUUAUUUCACGUGAUGAACAUGCACGAUGGUUUUGAUCAACAGGUCAUGGACGAAAAGGUGGAACGACUCAUAGUCUAUGCGAUGGAACUGUUGAAAAACAGUGCUGAGUCGGAUGCAGCUGUUCCGGAGCGCUUGGAAGAUUUACUUGUGCGCAUAAAAAAGUCCUUCAAUAUUUUCGGUUGCCUGUUACGGCAGAUUGAUAUUGAUCGAUCACCAUAG